UGUGUGUUGUGUGUCGGAUAGAAAGUCAGCCUGGUUUCCAGCUGAGUGCUUGCUCUCUCACAGUGUGUGUGUGUGUGUGUGUUGUCAUUAUUAUCCACUCUGCUCCCAGCUCAGAAUGGCCAGAUUCACUCAGACUGAAACAAGAAGGCAGCACCAUCCACAGCAGCCCCAGCCCGCUCAAUCCAGCCUGGUUUUCACUGGACCGGGGGCACCACCGACCCAACAACCACUACUACUUAUCCCACAUCAGCACCAGUACCCUCAGCUCACAUUCCCGAAACCCAUGAACGGGUCAGAACCCAUUUCAAUUCAUCCGGAGAGCGGCAACAUGAAAGACCAAGAUGCCAUUAAGCUGUUUAUCGGGCAGAUACCGCGGAACUUGGAAGAAAAAGACCUGAAACCCCUGUUUGAACAGUUUGGGAAAAUCCACGAACUGACAGUUCUCAAGGACCGAUACACCGGCAUGCACAAAGGUUGUGCUUUCCUCACCUACUGCGCCCGAGAGUCGGCCAUCAAGGCUCAGAACGCCCUCCAUGAACAGAAAACACUGCCAGGGAUGACUCGCCCCAUCCAGGUGAAACCGGCUGACAGCGAGAGUCGUGGAGAAGACAGGAAGCUGUUUGUUGGGAUGCUGAACAAACAACAGACCGAGGAGGACGUGUACCGCCUCUUCGAGCCCUACGGCGUCAUCGAGGAGUGCACGGUCCUAAGAGGUCCUGACGGAAACAGCAAAGGUUGCGCCUUCGUUAAGUUCUCCACACACACUGAGGCUCAGUCUGCAAUCAGUGCCCUCCACGGCAGCCAGACCAUGCCAGGUGCUUCCUCCAGCUUGGUGGUCAAGUUCGCCGACACGGACAAGGAGCGCACCAUCAGACGUAUGCAGCAGAUGGUUGGGCAGUUUGGCAUUUUUAACCCGGCCAUCGCCCUUCCCUUCAGCACCUACAGCUCUUACGCACAUGCGCUCAUGCAGCAGCAGGCAGCCAUCAUGGCAGCAAGCCACGGAGGUUACCUCACGCCUAGUGUGGCGUUCCCCGCCACACAGAUCCACCAGAUGGGGGCGCUCAACAUCAACAGCCUCCCACCCACCCCCAUGACCCCGGUGUCGGGUGAGUUUCAUCAAGCCCUGGCAGGUCUCAGUUCUCCACCAGCCAACAUCACCACCUCCGCCGUGCCCAGCAUCGUCACGCCCAUCGUCAACGGAUUCACCGGCAUCCCUCAUCAGCCCAACGGACACCCCGCCGUGGAGACUGUGUACACCAACGGCCUGCCGCCCUACUCCACCCAGAGCCCCACCGCUGCCGACACCCUCCAGCAAGCCUUCACCGGUGUACAGCAAUACACAGCGAUCUACCCAGCCACCACGCUGACUCCCAUUGGCCAGACACUGCCCCAGCCACCCCAGGUCAUCCAGCAGCAGCAGCAGAGAGAAGGUGAGGGUCCGGAGGGUUGUAACCUCUUCAUCUACCACCUGCCACAGGAGUUUGGAGACAAUGAGCUCAUGCAGAUGUUUUUGCCCUUCGGAACCGUCAUCUCUUCUAAAGUCUUCAUGGACCGGGCAACCAAUCAGAGCAAGUGCUUUGGUUUCGUGAGCUUCGACAACCCUGCUAGCGCACAGGCAGCUAUUCAAGCCAUGAAUGGCUUUCAGAUCGGGAUGAAGAGGUUGAAAGUCCAGCUAAAGAGACCGAAGGAUGCCAGCCGCCCUUACUGACACAGCCUACCUUCAGUAUUCAUUGCAGCAGCACAGGUUUUAGAGGACACGUGAAGAUAUCUCGGAGGAGUUAAACUUUUUUUUCUUUGAAAGCGAAAUAUGUUUAAAAAAAAAUCAACACGUAAGGAAUUUUUGAAGACAUAUCAGCAUUUACUUAUGAAGAUAUACAGUAAGUUACGGCGGAAAAAGGAGAUGCGAAAUAGGAGGAGGAGGAGGAGGAGGAGGAGGAGGAAGUGCUUCACCGGGGGACGGAACAGUUGCAGAUGGCACAGUGCAAGAAAGACGAGAAGAAAAAAUAACUGAAAAAAGAUGUGAUGAAACUGAACAACAGAACUUUUUUUCUUGUUGAGACUUGAAUUGUUAAUUAAGCAACAAACUAACAAACAAAAAAGCAGCAACAACAGAUAGAUUUCUAUAUACAUAUUAUAUACACAUAUAUAUAUAAGGAAAGAGGCGCUUGUGGCUUUUACUGUACUGGACAAAUGAGGGUUAAAACUUGAAGAUCAAAAAAAAAACAAAAAAAACAACAGCAGUGGAAAAAAAGAAGCUAUUCUACGUGUCCACUGACAGACUUACUUUCUCUUUCCCUCUUUCUCUUAUUCUCUCACCGUCUUUCUCAGCAAGCGCAGAACUAUGACUCUUGGAGGUCACUGAGGUUUCCAUUAGCAACAGUAGAACUGCAAAUCUUUCACCCCUACGGGACCAAAGGACCAAACAUUUUUAUCGUUCUGAACAGUAAUAUAUAGUAUUAAUGAUACUAAUACUACAAACUACUACUAAUAAUAUUACAAGUUAAACUUAAGAAGAAAUACUAGCUUCAGGUUGAAAAAAAAAAAAAAGAGCAAAGGGUUUUUGAGUUCUUUUCCUUUUACAUUUAUAGCUACCGGGUUUGAGACUAUUAAAACAAAACCGAAAAAUGUAGAAAAAAAAAAAAUAAAGCUAUACUAUUUUAGUGGCGUAGAAUAUAUGGGUUAGACAGUGUUUGGGGCAUGUUCAGAUGUGUGUUCUUUUGCCGCCUGUCGCUUCAUCUGCAUCACAGCGUUUCAUCUCGGAAGCGUUUACCUGUCUGUGUUAUUGUGUCGGGAGGAGGAGGAGACCUGUAGCCCUGCAGUGCCAAAAGUGACACAAUAACACCUCCUCGAAGCAAACACACCGCGGAGCCAUGGCACACUUGGCCGAGUAAUGCUGCCCUCUCCUGUUGUCGACGCGUUCCAGUUCCAUAAUUGAUCGUCAUUGCCACUCAUUCCAUGUAAUCAUUAAAGCCUUGAUAGUACAGAUAAUCUGACCAUAAAGCACUGUGGUAAAAGUGCCACCCGGCUGAGGUGGAUACGCAGCAGUAAAACAGCGCCGCAUCUGUAACUGCUUAAUAAAAUAUACAAAUGAGCCUGACAGCAGUUGUAAAAAAAACUCCAUCAGCGGGUCACAGUGGUCCCCGCCGGGUCGCGCCCUCUCCCACUGCCAGGCUCCUGCAGCUGCUCUCGGGAGGCGAGUGCAGGCUCUCUCCCCCACCCCACCUACGUCCCCUCUCCCUACUCUCCCUUCUUCCUCACCUCCAAGUGCCAGCAUAGCUCUCUCUUAAUAGGGACCAUCAGUUCACGGGAGCCCCAAAGCUAACCCGCAGCAUAAUUAGGAUAAUGAUAAUAUUGAUCAGAUGGGGAGCAGCACUGCAGGGCAAGAGAUGCACAAUCGAUUCCACAUUGGCAUUUUGAAUGAACUGACUGAGUGACACAGUUCAUCUUUUUUUUCUCAGCGGUGGGUGCACGAGAGACUUUUUCUGUGUUACUGUCAGCCACAGUCUCAGAUUCCAAACUCUGAGGAGGGCAGCGGUCUUCUGGGACGCUUUAAAGAUACUUAAAUCUACAUCAUUAUGGUAAAUAAACAUCUGUUGUUGGCUGCAGGAAGAUCUGUAUAUAGUGUUUAGAGUAGAUUGUUCCAAGUUCUUCAGUGAAGAGCAGCUGUAUAUAGUUUUUUUUUUUUUGUUCAAAGGGUAUAAUAGCACAGUAAGGGUCUGUACACAGUGAGAAGCAGCCUGGCAUUACCAGCCUUAGGAGGUCAAAUUAAGAGCAAAAUGAUCCAUCAAUUAGACAGCAGCAGGCCUGUAAGUGUAGCUGCUACAGCUGCUGCUGCUGCUGCUUUAACAGGACGACAACUUACCAUUAGCGCCGGUCACACAUGGCUCUUAUGCAGCACGGUCAGGACACAUCGUGCCGUAUGGGAUCGGAUGAAUUAGCUAAGCGAGUGUCAUCCACGGUGAUGUUUCAUUAUAAAGACACACGUACAUUCGGUGCAUCCGAGAUGAAGCCUAGUUUUUUUAUGAGUUGCUGCUGCAUCACAUGUUUUUUUUUUUUUUUUUCAUUUCAGUCUCUCAUUUGUUCAGAUAGCUUCUUUCGCUCUGUUGUUUUUUGUUUGUUUGUUUUUUGUCUAAUGACAUCCAUCGACCCACUCUCUGAAGCUUCUUGCCCCUCAGGAUUCUGUGAGACUUCAGCACUCUGAUCAUCACCUCUAAACUUUAGCCACAUCAGUGCUUUACACAUCGAAAACAUGACUAUUUUAUUUGUGUGAUCGCUGACUGAUCAGUACUAUUAGAAAGGGGGAUGGGGAGCGUGAAUCUCAGUAGGCCUCAGUGUUACCCCCCCCCCCCAUUCAGUGUAUGUUGUUCCGUUGGGAGCACUGCUAAGAUGCUGUGAGAAGAAAAGUUCAAAAAAUGCCUUUUCUCAUCAUGAAUUGCCAAAUUAUGCAAGCAUAUCCACUGCAUUUCCUCAUCGGACUUUAACGUGUGCCAGAUCUCCUUAAAGACUUCUUAUAAAACUCUUAUAAAUGUGUUGAUUUUCAGGAAGUGAAUGCCGAUUUAGCGAUGCAGGAGAACGCUGUAGGAGGAGGGCCAGUUCAGGCUGUAAUGAUAUACAGUGUAGUUUGCCAGUGAAAGGUUAGAUUUCUUAUAUAUUCGCCAGCAGACAGCUUCUUUCCCGUGGCGAGUUACUUAAGUUUCCUUUCUGCUGUCAGGGCCAAGCAGCUUUAGGAAGCUGUGAUAGAUGUCCUCUUUUCCCCAGGCUAUACAGGGCCUUAUAAAUCCAAUCUAAAAAAAAAAAAAAAAGAAAAAAAAAACUUUUCUUAUGGUAUUUCUGCUGGGGGAUUUUUUUCUCAAUUAUUAAAAUCAAAUUAAAUUUGGCCUUCACAACAGCUUGGGUUAUGCAAAUUAAAGAUGCCAGCUGUGGCUGAAAUGUAAUGAGAUUGAAAAAAAAAAUGUCAAGUUCAUUUCAUUCUCCCAAGAAAAAAAAAAACAAGUGAGAAAUUUGAGGGUUUGUGGUCAGAGGCCGUUUAUGACUGAGUUGCGUAUGUGGCGCCAGUACAUACAUAUCUACUGCAAGAUUCAGAAAAAGGGUGAUGAGAGGGCUGGAGUCAGAAAAAAAAACAAAAAAAAAUAACACAUAAGUAACUGAGUAGCUAAAAAAAAAGAAAAAAAAGAAAGGAAAUGGCAGUAAUGAUCCCAAUAGUGGUAUAAUCAAGCUGCAUGUGGUUGAGCUAAAGUUGACCUUUUACAUUGGUUUCGCUUUUGCAUCCAUUUUUAUUUCUUCAUUUGUUUAUUUUUGUUAAAUACUGUAUUUAUCAUGCUACCAUGGUGCCCUUUUAAUCUCUGAGCAUGCUCAAUGGGGGCCGGGAGGGUUAAAGAUUAUGGUACUACUCGUAUUAACAAUAUGAUUCUUAAACUAUGGGUUGAAUGCUAAGGAUAGUAGCUUAUUAUAAAUAUGAAAUCUGUAUAUUAUGGAAAAUCAGCACAGGACCUUUCUUUACAUAUAGGUUGGGGGAUUGAAGUGGUGGGGGGAGGGCGCAGGGGAGGGGGGGAGGGUUUUUUCGCUUUAUAAAGAUGUUAACUUUCUGGUUUCUCAGCACAAAGCAUACAAAAACAUAGAAACGGCAGUAAGGAGUCUGGGAGUAGACUUUACUGACAUACAGGGCGCAAAAAGAGGAAUCUCAGUACUAUUCUUUAAACCUGGUGGAGACAAUGCUGUUUACAGGUAGUAUUGUUUUUCUUUUUUUGUUUUUUUAAAAGGAGAGCGCCACCUGUUUUUGUGGCAGCGUCAGUACAGCAUGGAUUAACUGACAGGGAAAGCAGUAUCUUUUUAUAUAUAUAUAUAUAAAAAAAAUUGAAGAAAAAAAAACAACUAUGUGUUCUGUAUUAGCCUGAGAAACCAAACAUUUUUUCCCCUGUUGAAAUUUCUUAAUACUUGCUGCUUAGAUUACUUCAUAUUAAUGACUGAUGAUUUAAUAAUUUUAUAAUUAUCGGGUCAAGUAUGUAACUUGAUGUUUAUUUAUUUACCUAUUUAUUUAAUUUAUUUAUUUAUUUAUUUAUUAUUUAUUUAUUUAGCUAUUUUUUUUUUCCAUUUACGGUUAUGGUAAGAUAAAGAUAUGUAUCAAAAAGAAAUGCUUAUUGGGGCUUUUCUCUCUUUCUCUCCUUUUUUUCCAAUUUUACAAUAAAAAUUCAAACUGGA